CUAUUGUAAUUUGCACCUAAUCCAAAAGCCGAAAACAAACGCAUGUCAUGCCAGAAGUUGUCUUCCAGCAACUGUAAAAACCAAUUGUGAAUUGUAAAUACAAAUCAAUCAGAAUGAAAACGUUAUAUACGCUCAGGUAUCGCUGCAUCCUAACGCGAAGUGAGCACAGCUGUCACUUGAAAGCUGUAUGGCAACUUUGCUCGAGCCCACAUACACAGACGCAGACACACACACAUGCAGUCUGAAAAAUAACUGUGAAUAUACGAUUGGUUUGCCCAGCUAACGCACUGCGACAACAUGUUGCACAAUAAUGCCAGCUGGCUGCCACCGCCUCAACAGCAGCAACAUAUGCAACAGCAACAACAACAACAACAGCAACAACAGCAGCAGCAGCAGGCACCUCAAAUUCAUCAUAAUCAGUCGCAGGCCCAACAGGCGCCACAGCAGCCGCUGUCGCAGCCGCAGCUGCAGCUUUACGCCAGCCAAAUGUUUACACAGCCAGGCCCACAAGUAUAUUGGCCAGAACAGGAACAGCAGGCGGUUCACACCUAUAAAAAUUUCUUUUCCGGCACAGCACAACCUAAGCCAGUGAGCUAUGCAACGCCUGCGACUGUAGCUGCAGCUGCUCCUGCUCCUGCUCCUGCUCCAGCUCCAGCACCUGCCGUUCCCAUGACCUAUGCACCGCCCGAUGUGAUGUCCACGCAGCAACAAUAUUAUCAAUCGGCACCAAUGGUGCAGCAGCAGCAGCAACAGCAACCAGACCCACAGACACAGCCAGCUGUGGAGCUCUUUGAAAAUAAUAAUAGUGGAAAAAAUGAUGGUUGGGGUGAUUGGGGCGAUUGGAAUGAUAACGUCAACAACAACAGUAACAACAACAGCGGCAUUAUCACCCAGAACGAGGCACCUCCUUCUUUACCUAACGUUGUGGAUGAUUCCUUCAGUGUGCAGGGUCAAAGCAGCUGGCACACCUUUAGUAACACCCUCAAUGUCAGCAAUAACAAUAAGGCCAGCAAUAAUAACCUUAGCGAAGCAGGCAAAUCAUUGGAAUUGCCACCUUUACUGUCGCCCUCCAUCGAGCAGCUGUCACCAGUGGCGGAUCCGGAACUGAAUGCCAUUGUGCCGCCACAAGCUUUCCAAAAUCAGCCACUACCCAUAGGUCCUUCAGUGGCAGGACCUCCAGUAGCAGCUCCUCUAUCGGCAGCGCCUCCAGUGGCUGCUCCGCUAGCAGCUGCCCCUCCUGUAGCAGCGACGCCUGUUUUGCCACCACCUGCGAUGGAUACAGCAGCCGGGAAUCCCUUCAAGCGCUCCGGCGGACUAAGUCAGCGGGUGAAUAUAUUGGCAACAUCAGGUGCAGCUCCAGCAGCAACACCAACGCCAAUUGUGCCCAUCGUAGCUGCAGCGCCUGUGCAGAUGCUGCUACCGGAACCCAAUCAGCCGGAGCAGCCCUAUGAGAAUCAGGAGGUAUUGCUGGCAGCGCCAAAUGACGAACGUGCACAGUACCUGCAGACCAGUCACCUGUCCGAGCAGCACGAGGAGGAGGCCAAUGAGGGCAACUGGGAGGCGGAUGGGCUGUUGCCACCGCCGGGAUUGUCGCGUCUUGUGCUUGGACAGCCGGAACUGGUGGAGCGGCAACGAUUGGUCACUGGCACCGAGCAGCCGCCCAGUCAUCUGGCCAAUGCGCUGCACAUGUCCGAUCGUCAGGCCGAUGGCGAGGAUACCUCCGAUGGUGAGCAGCCAACGCGCACGGACCUCUUCCACCAGCAGCAGCAGCAACAACAACAACAGCUGCAACAACAUCAACAGCAGCACCAGCAGCAAAAGCAACAUCUGCAGCAACAGCAACAGCUGCAGCCAUCGGCGCGUCGCGUGGUAACAGGUGUAGAGACUCACGCCCAAACCGUUGUGCUGUCCGGAGAGCAACGUGAGGUGGUGCUGGAUGGCGAGAACCUGGAGGAUCAGCGACCAGUGCAGCAGUCAGUGCCGCUGACAGUGCCACCAACAACAACAGCAGCAGGAGGAGGAGGAGCAGCAGGUAAAAGUGCGACGGCAACAGCUGCUGCCAACGAGCUGGAUACGGAAAUACAUCAAACACAUCACAUUGGCAGCGAGGAGAUUGAGACAAGCACGCAGCUGCAACAGCAGCAACAACAGCAACUGCCGCUUGAUAAGAAACAGCAACAGCAACAUUCACGUGGCAAGCCGCGUCAUGUGGCCUCACUCGAUCUGGAGUCGGAGGAUGAGUCCGAGGAUGAAUGGUUGCUCAGUGAUAGGCAUGAUCUGCCGCCGCGGCGACAGGCGGAUGAGCGCAGCGUGCGCAGCUUGCGCAACAAUCGUCGUCAUUACAGCAACAACAACACUAGCAACAACUAUGAAGGCGAAACGGAGGAUUCCGCACGUGCCGUAGGCGGCGGAGGCGGUGGCGGCGGAGGCGGAGGAGCAGCUUUCCACAACGAAAGCAAUAGCAGCAGUAAGUCCGGGCGUGACGCGAAACGACGCAGUCGCGAUGCGGACCAACAUCGAAGACACGAACCGGAGCGCAGUGGCAGGGAGCGCAGUGAAAGAGAACGGGAGAGGGAGCGUGAAAGAGAACGUGAACGUGAACGGGAACGUGAAAGGGAGCGCGAACGAGAGCGUGAUCGCAAUCGGUGGCGACGCGACGAGCAGCCCUAUGGCCGACUCACUCGGUACAGCAACAACAAUAGCAACUAUGAUGGCGAAUCGGAUGCAGCCGUCCCAGCGGCAGUCAGCGAUGCCGAUGGCGAUGGCGGUGGCGGCGGCAGCGGUGGCGGUAGCGGCGUAGGCGUGCGUAAAAGCAAAGGGAAUCGUCAUAAUCGCAGCGCUGCAGCAGCUGACGAUGACUACGAUGCCUACGAGAUGCGAUCGAUGCCACGCGGUGCCAGUCACUAUCGUUCGCGACGAGGUGAGAAACAGGCGCAGCCCUCGCAGCAGGACAAACUGCGCAGCAGUCGGCGCAGUCACGAUGGCAGUGAUCGAGCGCGUCAUUCGCAUCACUCCGAUUGGCAGCAGCAGCAUUGGGAUGCCCGCACCUACGAGGGCUAUCGCAACAAGAGCUCGCGCAACAGCGAUCUGGAGAAGGAGCUCAUCAAUGGUGGCAGCACUGGCGGCGGCGGCGGCGGCAGCAGCAGCGGUGGCAAACGUCGCAACUACGAACAGUAUGCGAAUCCAGCGGCCAGCUUCGACCCGUUCAGCAUGUACGAGCAGAUGUCGCGUAAUCCGCACGCCUAUGCGGACAUGUAUGCCAAGUUCUAUGGCCAAAUGAUUAACUCAAUGACAGCGGCGGUAAAUGCUGUUGCCACAACGAAGUCGGUGAAGCAACCGUCGCACGAGCAAUUAGCAGCAGCAGCUGCUGUCGGUCUGGAUCCAAGGCAUUUGAUGGCCGGCGGCAUCGGCGUCGGCGUCGGCGUCGGCUCCAACGCUGCAGCUGGCAAUGAGGAAGCUCUACUCAGUGAGCGUGAACGGUACACACACGCAUACAUAACACAAGCCAAUGAAUUCCAUCGUCGUCGCCAACAAUACAACGAGCAACUGAAUAUCUAUCAGCAACAUCAGCAACAUCAACAACAUCAACAACAUCAACAGCAACAGCAACAUGCUUAUACGGAUCUAUUGAACAGCACACUGGGGGGCGACGACAGCGCCAGCCUCUAUGGCAGCGAUACGCACAGCAGCAAUCGACGUCUGAUGUUGGCUUCUUAUGGCAUCUCCAGCGCUCGUUCGUUAAGCAACUUGAACUGUGAGGAUGCAACGCUAGCCGGAUAUAAGCGUUAUUAUGCUGGCUCGGAGUGCGGCGUCGAUAUCAGAGCUGCUGUUGGCGCGACAGCUAUGGAUGCCACAGCAAUGGGCACCAUGAGCGUGGCACGUCCGCCGCGACGUCGCACACCGCUGCUGCACAAUCAACCGCAUCUGGUGGGCAACUACUCGAUGAGCGUGCUGCUGAGUGUGCGUCCCAUGUACGCUGGACCCGGACGUUUGCGCAACGAGGUGGAUGUGGCAGCGCCAAGGAUCAGGGAUGCCACCAGCAGCCUGCUGCGCGCUUAUCCCGGCCCGUUGCAGGGCCGCAAGCUGCACAAGGACAAGAUAAUUAGCUUCUGCAAGGAGCAGAUACGCUUGGGUCCGGCGCGUUCAUGCAGCAUUCUGUAUGCCACGCAGACCAAGCCGCUGGGCAGCGUGGACAAGUAUCGUGCCUCGCACGCGCUCAUGUGGCAUCUACUCAUACUGUUGCUGCGACAAAAUGGGGUGAUUGCGGAUACCGAUGUGGGUGAUCUGCUUCUGGAGAAUCAGCGCGAAUAUCCGUAUGCACCAGAUGCUGAGGCGGACGCCGAAUCGGCGGACACCGAAUCAGCUGAUGCUGAUUCAGCGGCUGCACGUGUCGAUCCGAGCGAGAUCGGCAAUGAUUCAGAUGACGAGGCUGUGCCGAAGGCUCCAGCUGCUGCAGCCGCUGCAGAGACUGAACGGGAUGCGGAUGCCGAUGCGGCUACCACAGAGGCGCCCAUGUCGGAACAGGCUGCCACCGAUAAGUUUCGCAGCUUCGUGCUGCGCGGCAACGUCGAGGAGGCGCUGCAAUGGGCCACCGAUCACAAUCUGUGGACGCAUGCAUUCUUCUUGGCUCUCUACGAGGAUCGCUAUGCUCUGACGGAUGUGGCACAAAAGUUUCUCAAUCGCGCCAUCAAAGCGAACGAUCCGCUGCAGACGCUCUACCAAAUGAAGAGCUGUCACACGCCCGCCUGCGUUAGCCAGCUGCGCGAUGAGCAAUGGGGCGACUGGCGUUCGCAUCUCUCAAUAUUGGUGACCAAUAAAUCGCGCCAGCCCGAAUACGAUCGUAGCUCGGUAGUUGCUCUGGGUGAUACGCUCUUCCAACGCGGCGACAUCUAUGCGGCACACUUUUGCUAUCUAGUUGCACAAGAGGAGUUUGGACGUUACGACAGCGGUGCCACAGAGCUAAGCACGCUGACAGCCAAUGUGCCCAGGCUCAUCCUGCUGGGCGCCUCGCACUACAAGCCGUUCAAUGAGUUCGCCAGCAACGAGGCGAUCAUCAUGACGGAGAUCUAUGAAUAUGCUCGUUCGCUGUUCGAUAACAAGUUCAGCAUUGUGAACUUCCAGCAUUACAAAUUCCUGUUGGCCACACGCAUCCUGGAUUACGGACAACAUUUUCGUUGCACCAACUAUCUAGAGCAGAUAGCCAAUCAUAUUGAGCUCAAGCCGGAGAGCUAUGAUGCAGAUUUCAUAAAACGCGUUUGCGGUCUGGCGGAACGUUUGCGCUAUUAUGAUCCCAUACUGAUCAAUCGUGUGUCCUUUGCUAGUCCAACAAAUGCGACAAAUGGUGGUCAGGCGGCGCCACAAGUUGGUGCAACGGAGGAAAAGGAAUGGCUGCGUCAGCUGCGCACGCUGGCCGAUCAGCAGCCACAAGAGCAGCAACAUUUGCAACAGCAUCAGCAGCAGCAGCAGCAGCAAACAGACAUUGAUCAGCAAUUUGUGGAUUUGAAUAAGCAAAUGCGCGAGCUCAGCAUGCAAUAUGAGGAUAACAUGCAGCGUGAGCAGGAGGCGCAGCAGGAGCAGCAUCAGCAACAACAUCAGCCGGAAUACUAUGAACAGUCGGCCAAGGUGCAGCCGAGUCAUGAGCAAACGCUCAGCGAUAGCUAUGCGUCGCCUUUGUACUACGAUCCGAAUGCAGCACAGCAGCAGCAACAGCAACAACAUCUGUACGAUCCCUCGCAGCAACAGUUGCAACCGGGCGCUGGCUACGGCCACAUUGAAACUGCCACCGAGGCAUAUGGCAGCCACAAUACGCAGCCCUAUGAUGCACAGCCAGCAGCAACAGCUGGCUACGAUUAUUGGCCCGGCGAUGGACAGCAGCCCUUUGGCGAAGAGCAGCAUCAGCAAAUGCUACCCACAAUUUCGAUGCCAAAAUCAAAGAGUUACGAUGAUGACGACGGAGCUGCUACAGCCGGAAAUUCAGCGUCUGGCAACGCAACAGCAACGACAAGCAAACAACAGCAGCAACUGCAACAGCAACAAGCCGCAGCUGGCGGCUUGCCGGGCGUGCAGGGCAAUCAGAACGCUGGCUGGUUUGGUGGGCUGUGGAACAAGUUUUCGCUGAAGCCCAAAAAUCAAAUGAUUUUGCCGGACGACAAGAAUCCAACAAUUGUUUGGGACAAGGAGCGCAAGUGCUGGACAAACACAGAGGGCAAUGCCGAUGAAACGGAAUCCUUUAAGCCGCCACCAAAGAUGAGCGACAUGGGCGCCACGCCAGCAACACUCAAUACAUUGGGCAACGUGCCAACGCCAAUUGCUGCGCCAAAUCUGUUGCCACAGCAGCUGCCCAAUAAUGCGAAUGUCUAUGAGAAUCAGAUGGACUACGAUUAUGGUGCUGGCUAUCAGGAAACAAUGUAUGCAGGAGCACCAGCAGCAGCAGCUGAAUUACCUGCAAUGCCAGCGCCAGCAGCUUCUCCAUCGCAUGGUCUGGCUACAGCUCCCGUUCCAACAACAACAGCAGCAGCAGCAGCAGCAGCAGCAACGUUGCCCGGUGGAACGCAGCCAAAACUUCAAUCGAACAUGUUCAAAAUUAAGCGUAAUCGCACGUUGAAGAACUCCUAUGUCGAUGUAUUCAAUCCAUCGGGUGCGCCCAUCUCUGCGGCACCGCAAAAUGUAAUGGCGCCAACAAUGGCGCCGGUAGCCGUGCCACAAGGCGGUUUCUUUGUGCCUGGCGCAAUGCCACAGCAACAGCCGCAGCAGCAGCAGCCGCAACAGCCGCAGCAACAGCAGCAAUAAUAGAAA